CAGCAUGGCCAAGAAUCCCUCGAAGGUGGCCAAGUGGGCCAGCGAGGUGGAGGACCUGUCCUACCCGCCCGUCAACCUCUCUUCCGUCGAGGAGAGCUUGAGGGCGCGGAGGGUCGAGGUCGAGGACCGAUGCCGGAGGACCCUGUCUGCGGAGGACCUCGCCCGCGCCCCCAACAGCAAGGAGUUCCUCAUCAGCGGCCGCUUCAACCUCGUGUGGUGCAACGUGUUCAAGGCCGCCUCCUCCACGUGGCUCUUCAACUUCCUCCUGAUGGCGGGCUUCACCGAGAAGGAGCUGCAGAAGUCGAGCUCCUCCCCGGUCGAGCUGGCCCGGAAGCAAGCCUACGCCCGCCCGUCGCAGGACGAACUCCGGGCGGCGCUGGAGAACCCCGGAGCCACGUCCUUCCUGAUCGUCCGCGACCCCUUCGAGCGCCUCCUCUCCGCCUACAGGGACAAGAUCGAGUCCACGAAACAGAAGUUCUACAGGUAA